AUGUUGACGUGCGCUCUGUUGUGCCAGCAUACGCACCGUUGUGCACGUUCUGCUGCUUAACUUGCCUAAGGGAUUCGUCUUCUCCUUCACAAGGGGAAUUCACAACACUUGAGGGGGGUUAACAUGGACGAGCCACUGCCCAUGUAACCGUCUGCCAUCCUGCACUAUACUGCCUGCUUGGCGUGCCCCGCGUGCCUGACUGUCCAUCCGCUGGUGCCGAGCUGUCCCAAGUGAACCUUAGUCACGCCCGGCUUCUCCACACACCUCCCAUGCCCGCACGCAUGCCGAGCCGCGCCAAAGCGCAGGCCGCCGUGCCAAUGCACGUACCACCAUGCCCACGCUCAUGCCAGAAUGCACACUGCUGUGCCAGUGCACGCACUCCGCCUGCGAGAUUCAGGGCCGUGUCCUGUGGACCUCGCUCCGCUUUGUGGUGCCACCCCACCGAGUUGUGCUUGCUGGCGCACGAGCCGGUGCUGCUUGCGCGCAUCACGUCGUGCUGUCAUACUCCGAGUUGUGCUUGCUUGAACACACUCCGCCUGCGAGUUGUGCUUGGCGCACCGAGUUGUGCUUGCUUGAACAGUGCCGCCGCGCGCCUCCGUGCAUGCCGAGCUCGUCCGUGUAUGCCGCGCCAAGCCGUGUGUGUUGGCCAUGACAAUGACGAGUGA